AUGGGAAAAUUCACUGUGAAAUCGCUAGACCAUCUGGUCCUAACGGUCCGCAGUAUCCCCAAAACUGUCGCAUUCUAUACAACCUACCUUGGCAUGCGGCACGAGAUCUUUACACCAGCUAACCAAUCCAUUCAAAGACAUGCCCUCAUCUUUGGAUAUCAGAAAAUAAACCUCCACCAAUCCGGCAAGGAAUUCGAACCCAAGGCCCGGGAUGUUAUGCCAGGAAGUGCCGAUCUAUGCUUUUUGACAGACGAAGCUGUGGAAAAUGUCUUGAAAGCAUUUCAGGAUGCGAGAAUGGAAAUUUUGGAAGGCGCCCAGGUUGUAGAACGAACCGGGGCUGUUGGGAAGAUUCGCAGUGUAUACGUGAGAGAUCCUGAUGGGAAUCUUAUCGAGUGA